AUGACGUCGAUAGCGUCGGCGGCUGCCCGCUCAGUCGUCGCCGUCCUUUGCGUCUUCACAAUGGCCGAUGCCACAGUCAAGGACAAGUUUUGGGGAUACCUCGACGAGAUGGCAGGUGAGGGGAAGGAGAGAAGCGAUGUGACCACCGUUGCAGAGAUACUCGACCGUGGCGCUGGUGUGCAGAUUGAGGACUGUGGCGGUAAGAGUGACUUGAUGUCUACCACUCGCGCGGAGUUCGACCGGGCCCACCUCCAGGUGCGCGCCUACGGGGACCUCUCGAGCAACGUGUCAGGGGGGACCCUCCACGUCAAGCUGUACAAGGGCUCGGCUGCCGAAGGCUCGUCGACAGGAGACUGGGUGAAGCGUGAACUCGCAUGGCACAGCGUCCCUCACGCGUACGAGGAGGACCUGUGCAGGCACCUCGGCAGAAGCCACAGCAGGCGCGGGUGCCCCCUGCCGCCCGGGCGCACGGAGCUGCGCCUCGCCCUCGACACGCUCCCCCCCAUGGUGGUGGCCGGCGGCUACCGGCUGAAGAUCAGGGCCGUCGAUUCCGCGGGCAGGGCCAUGACGUGCUUGCGGGUGCACGUGGAUGUCCCCCGAGGCAAGAGUGGCGAGUUGUUCCGCAGGGUCCAAGCGCUGCCCGUGGCACAUGCAGGACGGGUUCUGAUGUCUGGAGCCGAAAGUUGCAACUGUCCCUACUCAGACCCCGUAUGUGGUGAAGACGGCCAGACGUAUGACAGCACCUGCCUGUCAAGCCAGCUGUGCGAAUAUUGA